CAGUAGCUGGGACAUGCGCAGUGAGUGUACACUAGUAACCGCGCCCCCCUUGUCUCCCACCACCAGCCAAUCGGGCGCUGAGUUGUCGAGAAGAGGGUUUGUUCUCGCGAGAUGUCUGAGGUGCUGUCCCAUUCAAACUGAGCAGAGCAGCGGUUAUUGGCGGACGGAAUCGCUGAUUGUGGCAGUAUCAGCAGCAAGCAGACCAGGGAACGGCGGCGGCAGCAGGGAUCUGACACAAUGGACCAAACAGAUGUUAUAUUAAGACUUCAGCGUAAACUAAAGGAGGCAGAAGAACUGCGGGCUCAGGCUGCACAAUAUGGACUUCAGCUGUUGGAAAGUCAAAGUGACCUCCAAAAUCAGUUGGAGGAGCAGCGCAAUGAGAUGACUGGUACUAUUGAGAACCUGGAACAAGAGAAGUACUCUCUCCAGCGAGAGGUUGAACUUAAAAACCGCAUGCUAGAAAGUCUGACAUCUGAAUGGGAAAAUGUGAAACUGCAACAGAAGGGUUGUCUUGAACAUAUACAAGAACAACUUGAAAGGAACCAUAAUCGUGACAUUAGUGAACUGAAAGACAAGAUGGAGAAGCUGAAAUCUGAAUUAGAUGAAGCAAGACUAAGUGAGAAACAACUGAAACACCAAUUAGACCAUCAGUCAGAGGUGUUGGCUAAUAAAUCUGAGGAGCUGCGGAUGAUGUCUGAGCGUGCCCACGAAUCCAUGACUACAGAAAUAUCCACCCUACAGGUUGAGAUAUAUGAACUUGAAAGUGAAAAAGCGAAUUUAGAAGAAGAAAUUAAUAAAUUACAAUAUCGAGAGCAACAACUGAUUCUGGCCAAUACCAACCAAAGCCGACAUGUUGAACGUCUUCUGAUUGAAAAGGAGGACAGGGAAAAAGAAGCCUCUGGUUACUGCAAUGCAUUAGAGAAAGUACGUGAGGCAAACAAAGAGCUACAAGUUCAGCUUGACCAAGCAUUGCAGCAGGCCCAAGACCCUAACAGUAAAGGCAAUUCAUUAUUUGCAGAGGUGGAAGACCGUAGAGCAGAAAUGGAGCGACAACUGAUUAGUAUGAAAGUUCAGCAUCAGUCUCUUCAGAAACAGCAUGCUUUCUCCAGACAGCAAAUGCACCGAAUGAAGGUACAAAUAGCAACAUUACUGCAGUUGAAAGGUACUCAUGCAGACCACGAGCAGCUGGAGCGCUUACAGUCAAUGGUUGCACAAAAGAACAAUGAAAUUGAGAAACUUUUAGUGAAAGUUCAUCAACUGGAAAAGUAUCAGCAGAAUUGUGACAAUGGCUCUGUGAAGAACAGUACUGAUCCUUUGGUACAAGGUGAUCAUGUCUAUUACGUGGAUUUACUUAAAAUGAAGCUUGAGAAUUCCAGUAAGGAGAUUGAAAACAUAAAAGAUGAAUUAUCUCUACAAAGGAUGAAAGCUUUAGCAGAAAGCCAGCGCGUCCUGGAGCUGGAACGGAAGCUGUUUACUAAUGAUAGACAUCUUAAGCUCUCCCAGGGUGAAAACAUGAAGCUUCGCGUCAGUUUGGAUGAACUGAAAAUGAAAUAUGAACCUGAUGAAAUCAUUAAAUUGCAAACCCAGAAGCGAAGACGAGAACAAAUUCCACUGGAUUGCCCGCUAGAUGGUGUAGCUAGUGGUAAUGGUCCGUCCGUCUGUACUACUGAUCCUGUUCCCAGCACAAAUAAAGAAGAAAAAGAAAAUGCAGUAUUGCUAUUGGAAAGUAAUGCCUGUACUCCUGAAAAGACGCAUGCUGAGGAAGUUGUGUCUACUGUACCGCCAAGGCAAGACAAAGCCAGCGGUGAUCAACCUGUGAAAGAACGGAAAAGAGUAAGAAUAGUAGAAGACCUUCAUGAUACCCAGACUUUGAGUAAGAGUGACUGCACCAUAACAUCUCCUUCCGCCAGGUCAUCUGCUGAGGAGUGGAAAUUUGGACCAGCAAAGACUCAGGAUACAGACUUCAGAAAGUGUGAGAGAAAAUCAAGGCGCACAGCUCUUCCUAUUCUACAUGUGUCUUCCAAACCUUCUGCAGUGACACAAUGUCCACAGCAAUAACACAUUCUUUGCAGGUUUUAUAUUUUUUUAUAUUUAAUAAUAUUAUAGACAUAUAAUUACAUAUGGCUGUUGGGUCCUAUUAGUGGAGUUACCAUUGUGCAGUGCAGGACAAGCCCUAAAAGCUUAAUAUACAUUCGGUUCAAGAGAAACUAUGGCUGAUAUCCAGCAUCUGGGUGGUCAUUUCUCUUUUUAUCUGACUUUUUGACUAUUUUUCCUAGUUUAUUGCUGACUGGAUGCAGCUGAAUCAGCAGUAAGGAUGAGUGCUGACCACUGGAGGCAAGGUCAUCUAUAGUGCAUUGUGUAUGAUGCGGUAUAUGUUACAUCUUCCUAACUAGUUUUGUUUAUAAAGCGAAUAGUAAACACUACUUUUGAUUUAGUAAACAUUGGGGCAUUUAUUUGGUCGCUACAGUCUUGGAGUGUGCGUAUUCCAAGUGUUUCACCAGCAGGAACACAGUUUGUUCUACACACCAUAUAGAGGUGUAUAGGAAAAUGUAAGAUUCUGCUGUAACAUAGUUUUCAGGGAUGAGAGCAGCAGAGUACCACAACUGCUCAUCCCUGGGAAUUGAAUUACCUGUACAACUGUAAGGGCCAGAUUCAAUUACACUUGAGCGUCUAGACCAGUGAUUGGGAACCUUUGACACUCCAGCUGUUGUUGAACUAACAUCCCAGCAUGC